AUGCCAGGCAAAUACAUAGAAAAAUAUGACCAGGUUCCUGUGACGAAGGAAGACCUUGACUGGGCUGAACUUAUCACACUGGACCUAGUCCAGUACGAACAGCCAGGAGGAAAGGAAGAUCUUGUCAAGCAGCUCGAUCACGCUGUUAGGAACGUUGGAUUCUUCUAUGUGAAGAACUUUAAUAUCAGUCAAGAGGAGAUCGACAACCAGUUCGCCUUAGGGCGGGAGUUCUAUGCCCUUCCACUUGAAGAGAAACUCAAGUUCCACAGCGCCAGUGAUCUUGAGAGGGGCGAAUACAACUCUUACCGUCCUGCCGGACACCGGAUCCUAGGAAAUGGCAUCAAGGAUAAUGUCCAGGUGUACAAUAUCCCGAAGUUCGACGGUCACCACGACCGACCCCAGCCUUCUGUCCUAGCCGAGAACAUCAAAGAGAUUGAAGAUUUCAGUCGGAAAUGUCACACCGAAGUCGUUGAGAAGCUUCUCCGCCUCUUCGCAAUCCUGCUCGAGUUGCCGGAUGAAGAUCAGCUAGUCCGCGACCAUCAAUAUGAUGUCAAGGGCGAGGACCACCUACGUUAUAUGCAUUACGCAGCCCGCAGCGCUGAGGAAAACAAGAAGGUCGGCGAGCUCUACAGUCCAGGCCAUACAGACUUGGGAACAGUUACUCUUCUGUUCCGGCAACCGGUGGCCGCACUCCAGAUCCUCAAUUCAGAGGGUCAAUGGAAGUGGGUCAAGCCCCAGGAUGGGACAAUUACUAUCAACACAUGCGAUGCCUUGACGGCACUCACUGGUGGUUUGAUAAAGUCGAGUAUUCAUCGGGUGCAUGCACCACCCGCUGACCAGGCUCACAUUGAUCGAUUGGGUGUUUUGUAUUUUGCUCGCCCCAAUAACCACGUUAUUCUUGAUCCCAUUCAGAACAGUCCCCUCCUCCAGAGGCUGGGCUUGACUACCAACGCAUUCACGGAACUUGGCCAGCACCUCACGACCGAGCAGUGGGUUACUGUUCGACAGACACAACAGCAGCGAAGAAAUCGUGAUGUCAAGAUCUCCAGUGAGGGGAAGUAUACCUAUAAGCCGAAGGAUCUCGAGAUUAUUCCUGGCCUCCAGGCUACGAUCUACAACUAG